ACUCGUUUGGAUGAGCAAGGUCUCCAGUGGACUGAUGCUGGCCCUCUGACGCUGGCUAAAAAUGGGGUAUGCUGUCUAGGUGAUUGGGCAAAGUUUUCUCAACACUCAAAGCACACACACAUUGUUUCUGCCAUUGAAACUGGACAAAUUUCAUUCAGACAUCAUGGAAACGUAACUGAAGGGAUGCACACGAGUCCAUUAGAGUGUUCUGUGUGGACAUACUGUCAGCAUUCUCCUUACAGUUCAAAAUUCUCAGAUCAGAAGCAGAUUAGAAUGCUCAUUAACAUUUUUGGUAUUCCGUAUCUGUGUGAUGACAGCAAUGAAACAGUGGAAAUUUGUCAACACAUUUUAAUGAAAUCAAUAUUAAGAACUGAAAGUGAAUUAAAUAAUGAUGACUUGAGAGAGUUUCUGCGGAUUGUCUCAACAAAAAAUCUAGUUCUUAAAGAAGAAGCCAGACAACUUAUAUGCAGUUAUUUUGUGGCCUGUCGCAGAGUAAGACCUGACUGUCUUCCUGUUGGUGCAAUAGAAACAAUCACAGCACUGUCUGAAGGGCACGCAAGAUUGUCGAUGAAAAGUGAAGUAUGCUAUGAAGAUGUUUUGCCUGUUCUAAGACUCUAUGAGGAAUCUCUGUAUGCAAUAUUUGGGAACUCUUUUGUAUCUCCUCCACCAAUUGCAAGGCAAAGUGGACUUACUUCAAUGAAAUCUUUAAUUAUGCAGACAAAGACUGAGAUGGAACAUUUUUCAGCCUGGAUAAUUAACUACAUCAAAUCUGUAAUUGGAGUACAUCCCUUUCAGUAUUGCAAUGCUGAAGAAUAAUACAGCUUAUCAAAUUUGUAAUUUAUUGUCUUGUCACAAACUACUAUCAGUUACAUGGUAGACAGGCACAAUUUCUUACUGAAUUAACAAAUGGUUUAAAUAUGUUCUAUUCUGCCAAAUCCUGCCUCAAUUGUCAGUUUUUAAAGAAAGGCAGUAAUUUCUGCCACAAGAAUGUUACUGCUAUCACUUAAAUUAGUAUCAUAUGUGAAAUGAUAUAUUUUGUAAGCUUCAAGCACUAAUGGGAAUGAGGGGCUAGAAAUUUGUUCAAGUAACCAAAUCAAACGAACAGUUUUUACACAUACCUGUUAGGACAAAUUUCCAGAAAAGUGAGUGUGGUUAUUAUUUUGAUAUCAAAAGAUGCAACAGAUCUUUUUAAAAUAUCAUUUGAGUAUCUUCCACUUCAAAAUUUAUCUACAAAAAUAUUUUUAAUGUAAAACAAUACUGAAUAAAUCUGUACAUCAGUAUGACCAAGCAACAACAGAAUCCACACAUCAAAUAAGUGUGAAAGUUAAAUAUUAUUGUACUACCUAUAAUGUCUGCAGUGAAUAAAAUUUGUCACUUGGGUUCAGCAUCCUUUUAGUCUAUAGGCUCACAUCUGUAUUCUUAAGAAUACUAACAGUAAGUUUUAGGAACAGUUUUAAUAUUGAGCACAGAGAAUAGGUUAUGUUAUAUUGCCAUCAAGCAGAAUCAGUUGGAAAAAUAGCACAGACGUUGGUUCCCAAAGAAAUAUUAAACACAAAGCAAACAUAACAAGUAACUGCUAGUGUGUUUUCAGCUUAAUUACAGAUGACUUAAGCAACAAGCAAUUGGGAUGGGCAAUUGAAAGUAAUAAGUAUGUUAGAAUUUUAUUUUAUUUCCUUGUAAAAUAUUUGGUUGUAUACCACUUUUUUAAACAACUAUGUACAGAUUACAAUACAUGAAACUUCUAAAUAAAUUGAGCAGAAAAAAAUGAAGUAUUUUAAUAAACAGUUUUUAAAUCUCCUCCUGUCAGUUUACAUGAGAACACAGAAAAAGAUGACUAGAUCUGAUGAGACCAUGCAGUACCCUUGUAUAAGAAACUAAUGUUAAGUAGUUUCAUGAACUGAUACACUGAUAUAGUAUUCAGAAAACAAAAUGUACCAUUAUUUAAUUAUUACUAAGAUUGAGAUUCAAAUAUUAAAUAAGACACCUGGAAACAAUGCAGUUACAGGUGUGGAGGAAGUGCUCUCUCUCAGCACUGUGCUAAUAAAAUAAACAAACUUCCACUUCGGCAGAUUUCUUUGUAAUUAUGUAAUACUCUUCGAAACUUUCACACUAUGUACACAGUAAAAAUGAGGGAUACAGGUAACCAUUUAUACUUUCAGAUGACAUCAUUUUGCGUAGAAUGUGAUAAUAUACAAUAUUUCUGUUUGUUCUCAUGUAAUUUGUGCAGGUAUUACUCUUCGAAACUUUCACACUAUGUACGCAGUAAAAAUGAGGGAUACAGGAAACCAUUUAUACUUUCAGAUAACAUCAUUUUGCGUAGAAUGUGAUAAUAUACAAUAUUUCUGUUUGUUCUCAUGUAAUUUGUGCAGGAUUCAGUUUCUGAAUUGUGCUUCAUUCUAAGACUAAUGAA